CAAAAGACCCCCCACAAACCUCAGAUCUGAAACAUUUACAUAAACAAAGACACAUUUAUGAAAUGAUAAAACCCUAACCGCCCAAAUCAGACAAAACUCAGUUUUCCUGUUCAAUCACCAUGAAAAUCCGUACACUAAAGCUACGAGAAGCCCACAAAUCCAACGGCGGCCACGGCCCUUCGUUCUGCUCGAUCCUGUGGGAUCACCAGACAAGGCACCUGGUGACGGCGUCAUCCUCAGACCCGACUAUCUGUAUUCACGACCCUCUCCUCCUUUCAAAUGGUCCUAGGAUCCUCCGCCACCACCGUGACGGAGUCACAGCCCUAUCCCUUAGCCCUAACUCCACCUGCCUCGCCUCUGGCUCUAUUGAUCAUUCCGUUAAGCUCUACAAGUUUCCCGGUGGAGAGUUUGAGAGUAAUAUUACCAGAUUCACACUGCCAAUACGAGUCCUUGCAUUCAAUAAGUCAGGGAGCAUGCUAGCAGCUGCUGGUGAUGACGAAGGCAUUAAACUUAUUAAUACGAUUGAUGGCUCAAUUGCUAGGGUACUGAAAGGACAUAAGGAACCCGUCACUGGCUUGGCUUUUGAUCCUAAUGGUGAGUACUUGGCGUCAGUUGAUUCAACUGGAACUGUUAUUUUCUGGGAACUACAGUCUGGCACGGUGUUACAUACCCUCAAAGCCGUUGCUCCUCACACUGGUUCGGACACUUCCGUUAUGAAUGUAGUUAGCUGGAGCCCUGACGGGGAGACCUUGGCUGUCCCUGGUUUGAGAAAUGAUGUGGUUAUGUAUGAUAGAGACACGGCUGAAAAACUGUUUUCACUUAGAGGUGAUCAUGUGCAACCUAUAUGUUUCUUGUCUUGGUCACCAAAUGGUAGAUACAUGGCUACUUCUGGUUUAGAUAAACAGAUUCUUAUAUGGGAUGUUGACAAGAAGCAAGAUAUUGACAGACAGAAGUUUGAUGAUAGAAUAUCUUGUAUGGCAUGGAAGCCAAUUGGUAAUGCAUUGGCUGUUAUUGAUGUUACGGGAAAGUAUGGUCUGUGGGAAUCAGUUGUUCCUUCUUCGAUGAAAUCUCCUACAGAUGAUAUUCCCAAUUUGCAAUCAAGGAACAAUAAUGGACUCCUUUUGUUUGAAGAAGAGGAGGACGAUGAGCCUAGUAUAUCUGGGAGUUUAAGUGAUCUUGGUGAAUCGGAGCCACCAAGCAGGAAGAGAUUACGGAAGCACUCUGAAUUUGAUGAAGAAGGAGCACGUGAACACAUUAAUGAUGAGCUGAACUUAUUUCCAAAAAUUGAACCCAGAAAAAAAGUGCAUCGUGUUGGCAAGGAUAACAUGGAUAAGGGAAAUGAGGGGCUAAGAAGCACAGCAACAUCUACUAAGUCAAAAUUGCAGGAGGCUUUUCAGCCUGGAGCAACUCCUGCGCAACCUGGGAAGAGGCGCUUUUUGUGCUACAAUAUGCUUGGAACUAUAACUACAAUGGAACAUGAUGGAUACUCCCAUAUAGAGAUUGAUUUCCAUGAUACUGGCAGAGGUCCACGAGUUCCUUCAAUGACUGACUACUUUGGUUUCACGAUAGCAUCUCUAAAUGAGAAUGGAAGUGUUUUUGCAAAUCCUUGCAAGGGUGAGAAAAACAUGAGUACACUUAUGUAUCGCCCAUUCAGUAGCUGGGCCAACAACAGUGAGUGGUCUAUGCGAUUUGAAGGGGAGGAAGUGAAGGUUGUGGCACUUGGCACUGCAUGGGUUGCUGCAGUUACAAGCCUUAAUUUUCUGCGUAUCUACACAGAAGGUGGUUUGCAGAGGCAUAUUCUCUCCCUUGAUGGGCCAGUUGUGACAGCAUCAGGCUCCAAAAACCAACUUGCGGUCGUAACUCAUGUUUCUGAUUGUCUUCCCUCAAAUGAUCAGAUGCUAGAGUUCAGAGUAUUUGACAUACCCAAAGGGACUCAACCAUUUAGAGGCCGUCUUCCUUUAAGUCCUGGUUCACAUCUUACCUGGCUUGGAUUUAGUGAAGAAGGCCAAUUAAGUUCAUAUGAUUCUAAGGGUGUCUUGAGGGUCUUCACAGGUCAAUAUGGCGGCGGUUGGCUUCCACUCUUCAGUGCCGCUAAAGAGAAGAAGUCUAAUGAAAGCUAUUGGAUGGUUGGACUGAAUGCAAACAAAUUCUUUUCCAUUGUUUGCAAGAGUCCUGACUUAUUUCCACAGGUGAUGCCCAAACCAGUCCUUGCUCUCCUGAAUCUAUCAUUUCCUCUGGCUUCCUCUGAUCUUGGAGCAGAUGCCCUUGAAAAUGAGUUUAUCCUCAACAACAUGCAUCUCUCUCAGAUUCAGAAAAGAAUGGAAGAAAUGACAGGUGCUGGUUUGGACACCGUUGCAAUUGAUGAUGAGGCUUUCAAUAUGGAGGCUGCUCAGGACAGAUGCAUCCUGAGACUGAUUGCGUCAUGCUGCAAUGGUGACAAGCUUGUGAGAGCGACAGAACUUGUUAAGCUUUUAUCACUGGAAAAAUCAGUGAAAGGAGCAAUAAAGCUCGUUACUGCCCUGAAGCUACCAAAUCUUGCUGAACGUUUCAACAGCAUAUUGGAGGAAAGAUUACUGAAUGAGUCUAAAGAAACUCUGAAUCACACCCUAGCGAACUCCAAGGGCAAUGUGCCAAUUGCAGCAAACAUUACAGUCUGCAAGACCUCGGUUUCAUCAGAAAAAAGUGAAAUAUUGGCACCUGUUAUUCCAUCAUCGUCACCAAAACUAUCAGCCCCUCUGUUUAUCAAGAAAGUGAACAAACAUGAAAAGGAAAAAGCUGAUCAGAACCAAACUGCAAGUGAAGAAACUGAUGGCAAUGCAGAGAAUACAGAAAAGGUAAAGAAUGCUGGAAAUGCGAAUAACAUAGGACAGAUGAAGAUUGCUGGAGAAGGGUUAAAAUCACAAUCUCAACGACCCUCUAAUCCAUUUUCAAGAUCAUCAAGCAGGCAGGAAACAGCAAAGAAUGGAGACAUAAAUCAGGUAAAAUGCCAGCGUCCUUCUAAUCCAUUUAAAAAGUCAUCAAACUGACUCUUCUGGGUCCAUUGAGAACAAGAUUUGAAAUGGAUGUGAAGAGAUCAAUAAUAAAAACUGACUGCUAAUAUGGCUCUGAUGAGUGUCUUUCUCAAGGCCUGGAGAGGAUCAAAAAAUAACUUUUGUACAGUAUUCGGGUGGCAGGAGAAUGCGUAACAUAGGUUCUGUUUUAUGUAUUCAAGUAUAUAGAAAGUUCAUUUCUGCCUUUUUUUGACUGCAGAGUUCUUAUUAAGUUAUUAUGAACAUAUGCUUGUAAGUAUAUGAGAGAUCAAACAUUUAGAAGUUCAAUAUUUUUCUUUUCUA